CGCAUCAAUUUGCCGUUAAUUUCGACGCGAUAGUGACUAGGAACAUUGUUUGGAAUACAUACCGGUAUUAUAGCAAGAAAUCUAAAUAGAUAAAAUCAAAAGGAGUGAGGUGUCAGCCAUGAACCACAUGUAGGAUUAAAGGACAACUGUUGUGCAAUUUUUGUCGUCAAUGGGAUUUUUCAAGUAAAGGAAAGUUUCAGACGAUUGUCCAGAUUGGGGAAAGAAGAACAAUGGCUGUGAAGUUCAGGUGGAAUAUGACACAUUGUAUGUGUUUAUCUGCAAUAUUUCUAUUAGCAACAUUACAACUAACAAUUGGCCUCACUUUGCCUAAGAUCAAUGUGCCUUCUAAUGCCUUGCCAGGAUUCAGAGUGACUGAAGUAAAGAAAGAAGGGCAAAGUUCAGAACUUCUUUCAGACUCAGAUAUUCACAAUCUGUUCCAGAUAGCUGAAAAUGGUGCUUUGGAAGUCAAGAACUCCUUGAAGCACCUGGCGAAUAGUGACAUUGCUCUCAAAAUUAGACACACACUAAGAGAUCGAUCAUGGGACGACCUCAUGAAUAUAUAUGUUGAGGACUCUUCUCUUGAGUUUUUAAAGAAGUCUUAUAGAGGAUAUGUCCUCGAGAGUGAUGAAGCAAACCAAGAAGUUGUGGGCCUGGAUGAUCUCCAGGUGAAGUCCACAAAACCUAUAUCAUACCAGCUAGCUGGAGAGGAUAGUGAUGAUUUCAGGCUUGAAGUCGGCCCUGAAGGCAGAGUUCACAUCUUCACCAAAGCUCCUGUCGACAUGGAUAUAACUUCACAAUUUCAUCUGGAAAUGGUAGCUUCAGAUCCAGAUCUUUCCAAAGCUACCGCAGAGCUUCUUAUUGAUGUAGUCACAGUGAACAACCAGGUACCACCCUUAGUGAAGGAGUCAACCAACCAGUUUCAUGCGUAUGGGAAUGAUAUGUUGUUUCCUCCUGAUGAGCCUGUGGAAUUGGUCCAUGUUCGUGUCCAGCGUGAUAUCCUUCCUGGAAAAUCUGUAAAUCUUUCAGAGUCCACAGAAGUGGAUGCUGUCGUCCACACCAUAACCGUAGUCGGUACUGAUCUGCGUUAUGCCAUGGGAUCUCCUGCCAAUGAGAAGUUCUCCAUCGAUGAGAUGUCUGGAGAAAUAAGGCUGUUGGAAACCAUAAAUUAUGAAUCUAACGCCACUCCUCAGGAAAUAGUGAAUGUGGUGAUUACAAAUGCUUCUGAUUCAGGUAAGCUCAUGAAAUUCUGUCUUCCAAAAAGUAAAUAUUUACCAUCUUUGUCUCGCAUGCAUGGCAGAGUGAGACUAUAGGCCUGCGCCGCUUUUCUGAUGGUGGCGGCGGAGAUGGCGGUGACGGCAGCGUCGUCAACAUUAAAUUUCUCAACCACGGUUAAGUUUUUGAAAUGUCAUCUUAAAUCAAAAAGUAUUUGAAAAUAGUUCAUGAAACUUAGACAUAAGAGUAGUCAAGUAGUCAAGGAUCUCCGUAGCAUUAAUGAUCGCAUUACCGGUAUUCAAAUGCUCAUAACUUUCUCAUUAUUAGUCUGAUUUUUUCCUCAAACUUUCUUUGAUCUUAUUCUUUGAUUUUUCUGUUUCCACACAAGCCCACUUGUUCCAAAGAUUUCAUUUUGAAACAACGUUUGCAAACGCUGAUUCUGUCUACGCAGUGGAAGCAUAAACACACCCUAAGAGUAAUAAAGUAUUAUUGAACAUCCUGUGUCAGUUUCAGAUCAUGACCAUGGCCAAAGGUCAUUUACAUGUACAAGUAUUAAGGUCAAUGAACUUUGGCAAUGUUGGGGGUAUUGUUGAAUUGCAAUCAGACAUGAAUUGAUAGUUAAUGGAUCUUGUUCAUGCAACAAGGACAAAAGGGUAAUCAGGUAUCACUAAUAUUGUUUUGCACAAUCUUACAUGUAGGUCAAAUGAUCAUAUGAAUGGUGUUUUUUGUGAAUAAUUAUAAAUAAUUUAAAGGACAAGUCCACCCCAACAAAAAAUUGAAUUGAAUAAAAAGAGAAAAAUCCAACAAGCAUAACGCUGAAAAUUUCAUCAAAAUCGGAUGUAAAAUAAGAAAGUUAUGACAUUUUAAAGUUUUGCUUAAUUUCACCAAACAGUUAUAUGCACAUCCUGGUCGGUAUGUAAAUGAGACUGAUGAUGUCAUCCACUCACUAUUUCUUUUGUAUUUUAUUAUAUGAAAUAUUACAUAUUCUAAUUUUCUCCUUAUUGUCAAGUGAAACAACUAUUAAUUCCUCCCUGAACAUGUGGAAUUAGCAUUGCUUAAUACUAUAUGGUUCAGUCUAGUUGGUCCUUAUUGUCAAAUCUGCAAAAAAAAGAGAAAUAUUGUAUAAUUCAAACAAUAAAAAACAAAAGAAAUAGUGAGUGGAAGACAUCAUCGACUGUCUCAUUUGCUUGUCACUGAAUUGUGCAUAUCACUGUUUUGUGAAAAAUAAGCGAAACUUAAGAUGUCAUAACUUUCUUAUCUUACAUCCAAUUGUGAUGAAAUUUUCAGCGUUAUGCUUGUUUGAUUUUUCUCUAUUUCUUCAAAUCAACAUUUUUCUGGGGUGGACUUGACCUUUAAUAGUUUUUAAAGUCAGCACUGCUGCUAUUUUGAAGUACACAAUGUGCAUGAUUUAGUACCGGAUUAUUCCUUUAAGUUCCAGAUGGUACUUUCGAGUGUCUAGAUCCAAUGAAAUCAAUUUGCCACAAUUACUCUGUGGUGUGUAUGGUAAAGUCAUCUAUGAGGAAACCAAAUGUCAGAGAUCUGUGAAUGGAUGCAAUUUUCCAAGAUAGAAUGCUGUUGUUGUUUUAUGGACAGAUUAUGAUAAAUUACAUACAUGUCCACUGUUCAAGGAAAUUUCUAAAAUUAUAUUUGUCAAUUUUCAUCUUCUCAAUAACUACAGUAUGUUAUCAAAUACCAAUUGCAGCAUACACCGUAGAUUCCAUCAUACAUCUCAAAAUGCUAUAGAGCUUUUAAUUAAUACUCAAGAGUUUUUGUCUCUAGAGUGUAUUUACAUACUAUUCGUGUGCAUUCCCAAGAGAGAAAAUGACACUGCCUGGUACUGUGUGGACUACAAAUGUAUUAUAAUCAGGUUAUCAGUUUCCUCCUGUGUCUCCUUUUGUUAUGAAUGGGAAAUUAUUUUCCAGUUUUGGAGUAAUUUUUUGGGGUAAUUUUAGCAUUGAUACAAGUUGACACAGAGCCCUCAUGAUUGUGCAUGGAAUGCAGGGAAUAAUCUUCCUGGUAUCGCAUCACAAUUUGCUCCACAUUAUUUAAAGUCUGUAGCAGAUUUAGGAUUGUAAAGUUGUGAGAUUUGCUAAUUAAUUUGACCCAAAGUGCUAAUCAAACUGGAUGAGCAAAAUAAUUCCCUCAAAUGCCUAAUAUUUCUACAUGUAUCGUAAUAAACUGUGUUCAUUGACUAUUUAACAAUCAGGCAGACUCCAUUUGCGCUUUACAUAAUUAUACAAUAGACCUUGAAUACAAAAUGAAUGAAAACAGAUUGUAUUCAACUGCAGUAUGCAUCAUGCAAUCUUUAUUUUUGAAAUAGAGAUGGGUCUUAAGAACAGAUUUAUUUAAAGAACAAGUCCACCCCCCCCCAAAAAAGAGAUGAUUUGAAUAAAAAGAAAUCCGUAAGCAAAUGAGGAGACUGGUGAGUGGUGACAUCAUCCACUCACUAUCUCUUUUGAAUUUUAUUAUAUGAAAUAUGAAAUAUUCUAAUUUUCUCCUCAUUGUCCAAUGUCCAGUGAAACAAUGAUUAAUUCCUCCCUGAACAUGUGGAAUUAGCAUUGUUUAAUACUAUAUGGUUCAGUCAAGUUGGUACUUAUUGUCAAAUCUGUAAAAAAUGAAAUAUUGUAUUUAAUUC